AGCUGUCAAUCAGGCGCGCGGGUCCUUCCUGCUCACACUCAGCAUCCGGCUUGAAGACGCGCAGAGUGCAGCCUUUUUUCUACUUUGGUACUGGACCAAAUCAACAGGGGAGAACUGGAUUUCCACUUCACUGUGUCAGAAAUGCUGAUACACAAAACAUAAUCUUAAGAUCCAUUGAAAGGACAUUUGGCAGCCAUCAUGGAUAAUUCAGUCAUCAAACGACCUAUAAAAGCACAUGUUACAAAGAAAUCUAAUAGCAUUUCAUCUUUAAGAAGAAAAAAUAAUUGUUGCAUUUUGUCAGCAAGAGCUCUUGGUUUGUAUGGAAAUGAAGAUGGUUCUGUGCUCAGAAAAAACUUGACUAUCCUCCGUCAGUUAGUAUGUCAGAAAUCUACAACUUUUGAGUGUGUUUGGACAAAACAAUCAAAUUCACCAGUGGUUUAUGAAAAAGGAAGGAUUUACUUUGACAACUACAGAAGUUGUUUUUGUAGCAUUGGUCCUAAGCCAACUUUGUUGUACGAACUACCGAAACUUCACAAGUCUCAGAAAAUUGAGGAUGCAUUACUUUGUGAGUCUCCAUUGGGAGAAAUGUUGCCCAAACCAUCAGACCAUGUACCAUCACUUCUCGCUCUGACUGCAAACAACUGGCUCAUUCGUAUGUCAAUUAAGACUGCAGAAAUUCUAGAAAAAAUCUACCUCUCGUCUCAGUGGAAAUUCAGGUAUUUGACUUGGGACGAUACUCAAGAGACAAUAGUAGCCAAGACUACACAGAAUAAAGUUACAGCUGUAGCUAGAGCGGCUGGAAUUCAACACUCAGUUCUUUUACAUUUAGCUCUGUUCAGAGUUCUACCUCUUACAUUUGUAGGGAUGCUGGCUAUUGAUAAAAAUAUUUUUGGAAACAAUGUAACCGAUGCCACAGUUUCUCAUGGUUUACUCAUUGUGAUGUACAGCAUGGGAUUGGUCAAGCUUUACAGUUUGCAGUGGAUUAUUGAGAAGUUUACACAGAAACAGUGUAUUCUUGGACAACAUUGUGAAUGGAACAACACAACCGGAAUUGUGGGUGCUUCUCCAUUUGGAAUUCCAUGUAAUAUUAAAAUAACAGAUUGUCCGCCUGUCCUAUUUGAAGUAUCUUGUCUUAAAAGUGCACUGCAGAUUGGAGGACAUCCCUGGCAUUAUAUCAUUACUCCUAAUGAACGCAAACAGGAAGGCAUCUACCACAUUUAUUCUUUAAAGGAUAAAAAGCUGGCAGAGAAUGGAAUUCAAGAGAUGCAGUGUUGUUCAUUAGAUACUGAUUGGAUAUAUUUUCAUCCAGAUGAUUCUGGAAGGAUCAUGCACAUUGGACCAACGCAAAUUAAUGUGUUGCAGCUGUCUGAAAAAUCUGAAGGUUUACAGAGAUGGCAAGUUUUCCGAGCCUUUACUAUUUAUUCUGCAAGAGAAAGAGAGGUGGAGAGCUCAGUGAGAGUGACAGCUUAUGGUCGAGUUGUGAAAAGAAGAUUUUCUCAAUUAGACGAUGACAAGUAUGAGACUUUUAAAACAGUAGAAUACGAGGAUGAACUAGAACUGUUGACUGUUUUGGCAGUACCUCCAACAGACACCGAAGAAAAAAUUCAUCUCGAUUUUUAUGACAACCAAUCUGGCAUCUUAAUUAAGAGUGUUCCUUUAAGAGAACCAUGGAAUGUUACCUAUAGCCAUCAAUUGUUCUUCGACAGAGACACUAUUAUACAUAUACAACUGCUGCCACCUCGAACAUUUUGCUGUCAUGUUUACAAAAUGGAUCAACAUAUGGAUGAAGAUGGAGAUUAAAAUAAUGAAUGAUGCAUCCAAGUUUGCUAAUCUGUUACUUAGAAUGAAGAGCCGUUAGAUCUGGCCUUUUAUUUUUCAAUUAACUUCAUUUAUUGCCACUGCACCACUGUAAUGGCAAAGUCUACGAUGAUUAAACUGUGGGGAUACUGAUUCAUAAAAUGGCCAACAAGUAACUUCAGAUGUCAAUAAAAUCUCUUCAAGCAAAAUA